CAAGUCUUCACCCACCACUAGAUAUGAUAGAUCUAUCUCUCUCAAAAGUGAAGUCUCUCACCACUUGGCUUCUAUUCUUUCUUGAUCUUUUCUGUCACUGGAACGAAUGACAUGAACAUCGAUUGAUCAAAAACUGCUAUAUUUGAAGUCCAUCUGAUCCCAAUUUCAAAUUUCCAAGAAACCCAUGUUAAGUUCCAACUGAUUUCUAUCCCAUUUUUGUAUUUGUUUUUACAAUUUUAAUUUACUUACAUAUGUUGCUAUGUUUCUGUUCUCUGUUUGAACAUCAACUUUUAUUGUUUUUCUUGCCUUUUUCUCUGGUUCGCAUUUCUGCAGUUCUGCUCAUGAUUUAUUGUAAAAGAGGCACCAGUUCUUAACUGAUCAUGGACUUAUAUUUUCAAUUUCUCAUGAAUUUUCGGAACAUAAAUGUAUACUUGGGCACUCAUUAGUUUCAGUCAUAACUUUUGGUCAAAUAGGAUAUAUGUGUUAUGUAAUAGUGUAUCUGUAUAUGCAUUUGCAGCUGCUGCUAAUGUUCAACUGUCUAUUACUCUGACAAGGGGUUUCAGCCAAAUAUAAGAAAAAGUAAAAUUUGUUUUAACUGUGUUUCAAUGAAUCAUUCUGACACCAAUCGUGUUCUUGAGUAUAUUUCUUUUUAGUUUACAAGGAGCUAGUGCUUUGUGUCUCUGUGUAUUUUAGAUACCCGAAUAAGCUAGAGAAAGCAAAGGAAUAAAAAUCGACCACAGAAACCAUAGCAGCUAAUUGGGGAAGAAAAACCAGGAAACACAAAUACAUGUUUUCCAUGAUAGUUGAUUCCAAGCCUUGAAAUAGCUAGUGUUGAAAGCUCCUGGGGUUACUUGUAUAUAACUAUAUAUAGUCUUCGUACACUAACUCUUCUACAAGUAAGAAAGUAGUUUUCAUUGGAAAUGAGCAUACAAAGAACCUCUACAUCUUUCCCCCCAUUAAAUCCUCAGUGGAAAUAUGAUGUUUUUCUGAGCUUUAGAGGCAAUGACACUCGCAAGGCUUUUACAGACCACUUAUACACUGCAUUGGAACAUCAAGGAAUCAUAACUUUCAGGGAUGAUCCUGAACUUCAAAAAGGGGGAGCUAUUUCUCCAGAACUUUUUGCUGCAGUUGAAGAAUCAAGAUUUGCUCUCAUUGUUCUCUCAAAAAAUUAUGCAUCGUCAACAUGGUGCUUGGAUGAAAUUGUAAGAAUUCUUGAAUGCAUGAAAGCAAGAGAAACAGUGCUGCCAAUUUUCUAUGAUGUCGAUCCCUCUGAUGUACGAAAGCAAACAGGGAGUUUUAGAGAAGCCUUCGCUAAUCACGAAGAAAGGUUUAGAAAUGACAAAGAGAAAGUGCGAAGCUGGAGAUAUGCUUUAACAGAAGUGGCAAGUUUCUCUGGGUGGAAUUCAAAGGAAUGGUAUGAAUCAAAGCUCAUUAAAGAUAUUGUUGAAGUUAUAUGGACAAAAUUGCAACCGACAUCAUGCAGUUAUGCAGAAAAUCUAGUUGGAAUUCACUCAAGAUUGCAGCAACUCAAUUUUCUUUUAGGUGUAGGACUGGAUGACGUCCGCUUCAUUGGGAUAUGGGGAAUGGGCGGGAUUGGUAAGACAACUAUGGUAAGAGUGGUGUAUGAGAGAAUCGCUCGUGAAUAUGAAUUUAGUUUCCUUCUUACUGAUGUUAGAAACUCCGUUGAAAAAAGUGGUCUACUUAAUCUACAAAAGCAACUUCUCUUUGGGAUUUGGACAAAAAAGGCCGACAUAUCAGACCUCCAUGAUGGAGCCACCAUUAUAAGGAGGUUGUUAGGUCACAAAAAAGUUCUUAUCGUUCUCGAUGAUGUGAACCAUUCAAGCCAUUUAAAAUAUUUGGCAGGAAGCCAAGAGUGGUUUGGUUCAGGGAGUAGAGUUCUUAUCACAACUAGAAAUGAGCAUUUGUUGAUUGAACAUGGAGUGGAGAGAAGAUUGAAGGCAGAAGAAUUAAAUGAUGAUGAUUCUCUUCAACUUUUUAGCUGGAAAGCAUUCAAAAGAGGUUACCCUGAAGAAGAUUUUAUUGCUUUGUCAAAAUCUGUUAUAAACUAUGCCAAAGGUCUUCCUUUAGCUCUUGAAGUACUGGGUUCUUUUUUGCAUGGAAGAGAUCUAAGUGAAUGGAAGAGUGCAUUGAAAAAACUGGGAAGAGUUUGUAACUUGGAAAUUUUUGACAUACUUAAAAUAAGUUACAAUGAUCUAGAUUCCGAAGAGAAGAAAAUAUUUCUAGACAUUGCAUGUUUCUUUAAUGGACAGGACAAAGAUCGAGUAACUGAAGUAUUAAAUAGUUGCGAUGUUUCUGCAAUUAUUGGAAUAAAAGUCCUGAUGGAAAGAUCUCUCUUGACUGUUUCACAUGGAAGACUAAGGAUGCACGAUUUGCUCCAAGAAAUGGGACGGGAAAUUGUCCACCGUGAAUCUCCUAAUGAGCCGGGCAGGUGCAGUAGGUUGUGGCUUCUUGAAGACAUCAAACAUGUCUUGACAAAUAAUACUGGAACUGAAGCAAUAGAAGGCAUAUUUGUGGACUCAACCGAGUCAGAAGUAAAGGUGGACAUGAAUCGAAAAUCAUUUUCAAUGAUGAACAAAUUGAGAUACCUGAAAAUUAAUAAUGGAAAUCUACCCAAGGGGCUUGAAUAUCUUCCCAAUAGUUUACGGAUUGUUGAUUGGACGAGGUAUCCGUUAAAAUCUCUACCAUUGCAUUUUAACCCUCAGAAGCUGCUGGAACUUUGCUUGUGUCAUAGUUGUAUCAAUCAUUUCCGGAUAGGAACUGAGGUAUACUAUAAUUACUGUAUCAUUCUCAUUUCAUUAUACACCCAAUUUCUAGAAUAUUUAAUGGAAAAAACCCACCUAUUAUUUCUUUUCAAUCUACACCCAAUUAUUGCCAACUAGGAUAAAAUAUUAGAUUUCAUUUUUCAAAGAAUUACACAAAUUGCCAUAAUUUAAAUCUGACAAACAUAAAUCAACUAGCAAAAUUAACGUCAUCUUUAAAUACCUUAAUUGUAGAUCUUUUUUAUUGGUCCCUUUAUUAUCGCAAUUUUCAUUAAAUUCAUCAUGAUUGCUAGAAUUAUGGAUCUUUUUUUA